AUGACCAGCACUUCUCUUCAUACCACUGCCCGGGUCAUCUCCGUGAUUGCGGGCACCCUGGUCGCCUUAUCCUGCGGAACGAAUUAUGCAUACUCAGCAUGGGCACCACAAUUCGCACACCAAUUGAAGCUUUCUUCGACAGAGGGUAACCUUAUCGGUGUAGCAGGAAACCUGGGCAUGUAUGCCAUGGGUAUUCCUAUGGGCUUAUUGACUGAUGCAAAGGGACCUCGUCUCAUCACUUUGAUUGGUUCAGUGUGCUUGGGUCUUGGAUACUACCCGAUCUAUCUGGCCUAUCAACACGGAGAAGGAUCGUGCCCAAUCGUUUUCUUGUGCUUUUUCGCUUUUCUGACUGGUACCGGUGGUUGCUCGGCCUUUGGCGCUGCUAUCAAAGUCGCGGCAUCCAACUUUGGUGAGAACCGUGGCACUGCCACGGCGUUCCCGCUGGCUGCUUUCGGUCUUAGUGCUUUAUUCUGGUCCAAUGUCUCGACUCUUAUCUUCAAGGAUGACACCGGUCGCUUCUUGUUGCUUCUCGCCUGCGGAACCACUAUCCUCUCCUUAAUCUCUAUCCCAUUCCUGCGAAUCUUCCCCAACGCCCAACACGAGCCUUAUACUUCAGUGCCUCACAAUGAGGGAGCCCCUGAGUCGCAACGGAUGCGCCCACCAAGCACAUUCGGAGACCACCCCGAUGAUAUCCACGACUCUACUGGCUACGACCACGAGAACUCGGCUCACGCACGCAGUCAUUCCGUCGUUUCGACCCACCGUAGUGGUGCGUACAACCACGACCAGGACGAGAGCUCAUCGUUGGUGUCCAAGCCUGAUGGCCGGCCAUCAUUCGAUACACUAGACGAUGACUACUUGGCCAACAUCGCCGUGGAAUCUCACCACACCGAUAUCCGCGGCCUGGCCAUGCUUAAGCACGUCGAAUUCUGGCAACUAUUCUUGACCAUGGCGCUUCUGUCCGGUAUCGGCUUGAUGACCAUCAACAACAUUGGAAACAGUGCGAAGGCUCUAUGGCUCUACUAUGACGAUAGCGCCACGCCGAAGUUCAUCCAGCAGCGCCAGGUCAUGCAUGUUUCUAUCCUGUCCUUCGGUAACUUCCUUGGUCGCCUUCUUAGCGGCAUCGGUUCCGAUAUUCUCGUUAAGAAACUCAACAUGUCUCGCUUCUGGUGUCUCUUCACCUCUGCGCUUGUCUUCACCCUCACUCAACUCGCCGGUGCUUCCAUCUCCAACCCAAACACCCUCGUCGUCGUCUCCGCCCUAACCGGCGUUGCUUACGGCUUCUUGUUCGGUGUUUUCCCUUCCCUCGUCGCUCACACCUUUGGAAUUGGCGGCCUCUCCCAGAACUGGGGAACCAUGACUCUUGCCCCCGUUUUCAGCGGCAACGUAUUCAACCUUGUCUACGGCACAGUAUACGACCGCCACUCCGUCAUUGGUCAUGAGGGUGACAGCGAAUGUCCCGAUGGACUAGUCUGCUACCGCUCCGCCUAUUAUAUGACAUUCUUUUCCGGCCUUUGCGGAAUCGUCGUCUGUUUGUGGAGUAUUUGGCGCGAGUCGCAGAUCCACAAGACCAUGCGCAGGAAGGCCGACAGCCGCAUUGCAUAG